AUGCUGUACAAUGUUGCACAUACUCCUAGUGGAGACCACGCCCGCGAUCUGACAGACCCUUCUCCACUCUAUCCACACCGAUCCAAGCAGAUCGUGUCUGCUCUCAACUCGACAGUAUUCAAAUACCGUUGCUCAAUGCCAGGUGUGGCCGAUGUCGGGGCCAUCCCCAAGUACAAGUUGAUUCACCAAGGUGGGUUUUAG